CUUUUUUAGCAGGGAAAACUAGAGAAGAACCAGGAAAUAGGGAUUUCCACUGCCCUGAUUUUCAUCUGCAGCUCACUUCUCCGUUGUGUUGGGGGGGAGACGGAGACGGAGACCAAGAAAGCACCAAUUUUUUUAUUUGACCUUGGAAGAUGGAAAACAGUCUUGCUGAGGAGAUCUAUUCAGAAAGUUUUCAGCUUUCGAAACUACAACUGGGUCAUUCUUCAACUGCUAAUACACCCGAUAACUUGAUACUAUCGGGUUCAGAUGAGGCUGAUUUCCAUACAGAUGACAGAUCUUGGUAUGAUUCUGAUGAAGAAUCAGACAGGGAGUUGCAGAGAGUGCAGAACCAAUUUCACACGAUGGGAUAUCGUGAUGGCCUAUUAGCAGGAAAAGAUGCUUCUUCACAAGAAGGGUUUAAUAUUGGAUUUAAGCAAUCAGUGGUUGCAAGUUACAACUGGGGGCUUGUUAGAGGUAUUACAAGUGCCGUGGCUUGUCUUCCGAAUGGGUUGAGGGAGAGUUUGAUUAAAACACAAGACAAGAGAACCAAAUUCCAGGAGUUACAUGAAUCUGUGCAGUCUCUCUCAACAACAGAUGCACUUAAGUUGUUUUACGAAGACAUAAUGACAAAGGAAGCUCUACAACAGAGUGGAACUUCCGAGGGCAGUGUCAAUGUUGCAGAUUCACUAGUGCAAAGUUCAGAUAGUAAUCAUCUUGGAAAUUACUCUGGAGAGCUUCAAUCACUCCUUGAAUCUUCCGAAAUCAAAGUAAAAUUAGCUCUAGAGAAGUAGGGAGUAACGUGGUACAACACUGAUGUGUUCAAAGAAUAUGGUGUAUAGUUGGUCUAUCAGAAAAGCAGGGCUUUUUCGUUGCAAUUCUUUGGACCUAAUAAUUUCUUGGUUGUUCUUUUUUGCUUCUGAUUGAUGUUGUCAAUGACUUAAUAUGCACUUUUGUCUGAUAUAAUAUUAACAAAGCCAAAUGGCCAGCUCCAGCUUGGACUUGAAGUUGGAAUUGUUAAACCAUGCGAGCUCAAGUUUCUGUUGUUGCAGUCUUUCAAUUCAUAGAUUGAAGAACAAUAAAAAUGCUUGGUAUAG